GCCCCCAUCGGCAGCCGGGCUUCGCGGACCCCGAGGACCAGCGCGGACGCGGGAAGCCGGGACGCCGCUGGCUCCAGCUAGUGGCAGAGGCCGAAAGAUGCCGGUCCGCAGGGGCCACGUCGCGCCCCAAAACACUUACCUGGACACCAUCAUCCGCAAGUUCGAGGGCCAGAGUCGAAAGUUCCUGAUCGCCAAUGCGCAGAUGGAGAACUGCGCCAUCAUCUACUGCAACGACGGCUUCUGUGAGCUCUUUGGCUACUCUCGAAUGGAGGUGAUGCAGCGGCCCUGCACCUGCGACUUCCUCACCGGCCCCAACACGCCGCGCAGUGCCAUGUCCCGCCUGGCACAGGCCCUGAUGGGGGCCGAGGAGUGCAAAGUGGACAUCAUAUACUACCGCAAAGAUGCCUCCAGCUUCCGCUGCCUGGUGGACGUGGUGCCUGUGAAGAACGAGGAUGGGGCUGUCAUCAUGUUCAUUCUCAACUUUGAGGACCUUGCCCAGCUCUUGGCCAAGAGCGGGAGCCGCAGCCUGUCCCAGCGCCUGCUGUCCCAGAGUCUCCUGGGCUCCGAGGGUGCCCAGGGCAGACCCAGUGCACAGGGUCCCGACUCGGGCAAGGUCAAGUACAGGACCAUCAGCCAGAUCCCUCAGUUCACACUCAACUUUGUGGAAUUCAACCUGGAGAAACACCGCUCGGGCUCCAGCACAGAAAUUGAGAUCAUCGCACCCCACAAAGUGGUGGAACGGACGCAGAACGUCACCGAGAAGGUGACCCAGGUCCUGUCCCUGGGUGCAGACGUGCUGCCUGAGUACAAGCUGCAGACGCCACGGCUGCACCGCGGGACGCUGCUGCACUACAGCCCCUUCAAGGCCGUGUGGGACUGGCUCAUCCUGCUGCUGGUCAUCUACACAGCCAUCUUCACACCCUACUCGGCUGCCUUCCUGCUCAGUGACCAGGACGAGUCCCGGCGCGGGGCCUGCGGCUACACCUGCAGCCCUCUCACCGUGGUGGAUCUCAUCGUGGACAUCAUGUUUGUGGUGGACAUCAUCAUCAACUUCCGUACCACCUACGUCAAUGCCAAUGACGAGGUGGUGAGCCACCCCCGCCGCAUCGCUGUGCACUACUUCAAGGGCUGGUUCCUCAUAGACAUGGUGGCCGCCAUCCCCUUCGACCUGCUCAUCUUCCGCACGGGGUCUGACGAGACCACCACCCUGAUCGGGCUGUUGAAGACGGCGAGGCUGCUGCGGCUGGUACGCGUGGCACGGAAGCUAGACCGCUACUCGGAGUAUGGGGCGGCCGUGCUCUUCCUGCUCAUGUGCACCUUCGCGCUCAUUGCCCACUGGCUGGCCUGCAUCUGGUAUGCCAUCGGCAACGUGGAGCGCCCCUACCUGGAGCCCAAGAUCGGCUGGCUGGACAGCCUGGGCACGCAGCUGGGCAAGCACUACAACAGCAGUGACCCUGCCUCAGGCCCCUCGGUGCAGGACAAGUACGUCACGGCGCUCUACUUCACCUUCAGCAGCCUCACCAGUGUGGGCUUCGGCAACGUCUCCCCCAACACCAACUCCGAGAAGGUCUUCUCCAUCUGCGUCAUGCUCAUCGGCUCGCUCAUGUACGCCAGCAUCUUUGGCAAUGUGUCGGCCAUCAUCCAGCGGCUGUACUCAGGCACAGCGCGCUACCACACGCAGAUGCUGCGCGUGCGGGAGUUCAUCCGCUUCCACCAGAUCCCCAACCCGCUACGACAGCGCCUGGAGGAGUACUUCCAGCACGCCUGGUCCUACACCAACGGCAUCGACAUGAACGCGGUGCUCAAGGGCUUCCCCGAGUGCCUGCAGGCCGACAUCUGCCUGCACCUGCACCGCGCGCCGCUGCAGCACUGCCCCGCCUUCCGCGGCGCCAGCAAGGGCUGCCUGCGCGCGCUCGCCGUCAAGUUCAAGACCACGCACGCGCCGCCCGGGGACACGCUGGUGCACCUCGGCGACGUGCUGUCCACGCUCUACUUCAUCUCCCGCGGCUCCAUCGAGAUCCUGCGCGACGACGUGGUGGUGGCCAUCCUGGGAAAGAAUGACAUUUUUGGGGAGCCCGUUAGCCUCCACGCCCGGCCCGGCAAGUCUAGUGCUGACGUGCGGGCACUGACCUACUGCGACCUGCACAAGAUCCAGCGUGCAGACCUGCUGGAGGUGCUGGACAUGUACCCCACCUUUGCGGACAGCUUCUGGAGGAAGCUGGAGGUCACCUUCAACCUGCGGGACGCAGGCGGGGGUCUCCAGUCAUCCCCCCAACAGGCUCCAGGUGGCCAGAACCCCCAAGGCUUCUUCCUCAGUGACAACCAGCCAGGGCCAGCUCCUUCCCUGAGCCUCUCGGACAGAUCCGACCUCUGGCCUGAGUUGCUGCAACAAGUCCCCUCAAGGUCAAGACACAGUCCCCCCAACCUGCGGGGAGACCCGGACAGCUGGCCUCUGGGGCUGGGCUCCAGGCUAGAGCAGCUCCAGGCACAGAUGAGCAGGCUGGAAUCCCGCAUGUCCUCAGACCUCAGCCUGGUCCUGCAGCUCCUUCAGCAGCCCCCGCCCCACGGCCACGGCGACCCCAUGCCAGGCACCCCUGCUCCGAGUGCCCAGGCCUUAUUUUCUCCUAGUCCAGGCCCCACGGUGCCGGCAGGCAGUCUGCCACAAACACAGCCCUCACACUGUGGUGACUUGGAUGAAUGUGGGCCAGAGAACAGGGAGAAUCCUCACCUGGCUGUGGCAAUGAACAAAACUCUGACAUUAUCUCCAGAACACAAGUGGCCUGAGGGGCCCCAGUUCCCGCUGGCCUCGCCGCUGCCUACCCUGGAGGGGCAGGGACUUGUCUGUGGCCCCCGCUUUCCCUCUGUCCCUGAACACCUCAGCUCUGUCCCCAAGCAGCUGGAUUUCCAGAGACAAAGCUCGGACCCUGGAGUUGCAGGGAGCUAGAGCCAG